CCGCCAUUAGACUUCCGCAACUUCGAUUUAUUCCGGAUUCCCUUCAAGGUUCACCUGGGGUUUUGUAAUGACCACCGCCGCCAUUAUGUUCACCCCACCCCUAGGGUUCGAAUAUCACCCGCUGGCAUCCGAGGAACCGUUGGAAGGGUCGGUCCCUACAACAGCAAUCCCGAUUCCCAGUAUUUCCAUCUACCUCGCCAGCAGUUAUACUCGUUAUAGAUGAAACAGGGGUGAAUGGCAUACUAACAAUUUUGUGCAAAAUCAUCAGUGGUCACUCGUGUAUGUCAUUGAUGUUCAAAACGGGGUUUAAUAUCAGUUUUUGACACCGAUGCUCCAUACUCUUCCACAGGCUCCUCGCGUUUAAAUGUCGUUAAUACCAAAUAUGCCAUCAAUCCAAAUGGCAUCAUACUAGUAUCGUCUCCUGUUCCUGCAGGUUGCCGCCCAAGAUCGAUGCCAACCAUAACUGGGCGCGCUUGGUGAUCCAUGCUGAUUGGCCAGUAAUUGGCAAUGUCAAAAGGACCCUGCAGCUAGCGAAAUCUGCCACAACACGAGGUGGUGAGUUCCUUUUUCGGCCAACCUGAAAAUGUUAAUGCUUGGCAUGGGCACUUUUGACGAACUACGCACCUCAAGAUGAUAUAAGCUUAGAUGUCUACGCCCGCUUUGUAAGUUUGAUCGCCGCAAGAAAGGUCGACCUCUGGGCCACGAACGAACCUAACUGUAUCGAAAUCGCAAACCGACCGCUACGGUACCUCACUUGCACCAAAGUCCUGAGAGCAGAGGAUGGCUUCUUCAACAUCUUCGUCAUCGAAGCCGUCGAAAAUGACAAAGUCGUGGGAAGAGAAUUACAAAAUGAGAGAGAUUACUCCGGCCGAGUGGGAGGAGCGCCGUGAAAUGUUCACACGACUCUAUUUUAAUGAUGACCGUCGUUUGGAUGAUGUCAGAAGGAUUAUGGCCACUGAGCAUGGCUUUUACGCGAAGUAUGUGAUCCACUUCCGGCGCUCUGGCACGCUGCUGAAGAUUGCACGCAUCUAACUUUCUGGUGCUUAGCGAUACACAAUGCAAAAAAAAGAUAAAAAAGUGGGAACUUGGGAAGAGCCUCAACAGAGGAGCUGCAUGUGCGAUGCUUAGGAUUCAGAAACGAAGGUAUGCGGAGGGGAAGGAGACGGCAUUCACGUAUAAGGGGCAUAAAGUCAGCCAAGAAAAACUCGAGCGCUCACGUAGGAGGCUCAAAGACUGGGACAAAGAGGACGAGACAAACCCAGGUAUGUAUAUGAUAUUUCCUCAAAGUAUUCUCCCAAAGCUUUGCUAAACCUGGGAAUAGAAACCCCGAUGUGGGUAGAUUAUUCCACUCCCAAAAGUAGCGCAGACGACCCGCCCGAGGAAGAUUCCCAAUCAAUAAGCCCCGGUUCCGGCUUUAGCGAUUCAGGAGGUGGAGACACUGCCCCAUGUGUUGUAUCUUCUCCCGGGACCAUCUCCGAGUCAGGGACUAUCGAAAACCAAAUGCAGCCUUUUGGGGUACCGAUGGAUCCCAAUCUAGACCCUGACCUAGACCCUUUUCUACAACCGGAAAGCAGUAGAUUUAGCUUCAGUGAACCCCUUCAAGAACCCCUUCAACGCGGAUAUCCACGCCCAGUGAUCUCCGGCGAAAGCUCCAGCAGCCUGAUGGGUUUGAGUGAUAUCCAUCAGGUUGCGCCAGGCUACUCAUACGAAUUCGAUGGAGUCCCACAAAUGGUUUUCCCCAACGACCAGGGAUCUUACUCCCUAGAUCCUAAAGCGAUAACCUCACUCUUGUCAGCCUCCUUAAUAUACCUGGAUAAGGGAUUGCUGAAAGUUGCCGAGGAUCUCCAACGCCUUGCCCUUGACAGUGUGAAAGAGAAGAAUGGAGAAAGACAUCCCGAUACUUUGGCUUCUAUGCAAACUCUAGGAUUUCUCUGCAGGGAUCAAGGGAGAUAUAAAGAAGCCGAGGAGAUUCUCCACAGAAAUUUAGCUCUAUCGACCGGAAUAUGUGAACUCCACCAUUACUGGAUGAAGCCAACACAGGGGUUGGGGGUGAUAUAUAUCCACCAGGGUCGACUGAAAGAGGCGGAGGAGUACAUCUCACGAGUGGCAAAAGCCAGCAAGGAGUACUUUGGGCCAACCCACCCCGAGACUUUGUCAGCAAUCCACAGUCUUGCAACAGUAUACAUGGAGAUGGGGAAAUGCAAGGAGGCAGAGCGGCUUCUCGCCGGUGAAGGUGGCGUUCUUCAGAUGAGCAGGAAUCGGUCGGGGGACCAGCACCCCGAGACCGUAGCAACCAUGCGGACGCUGGCAACAGCAUACCUCAACCAGGGCUAUCUGAAGAAGGCAGAGCAGAUGCUCCAGCUCGUCCUUAGGAAAAGCGAGCAGUUCCUCGGGCGGAGACAUCGGCAAACCAUUUCAUCGAUGCAUUGCCUUGGAGUCGCAUAUCUCGAUCUAAAGAGAUGGAAAGAAGCCGAGCAGAUGCUCACACAGGUCCUCGAGCUGAGCAAACAAUAUCUCGGGGAUGAGCACCGCCACACAUUGACCGCGAUGCACAACCUUGGCGUCACCUAUUUAGACCAAGGAAAGUUGGACCUUGCGGAAACGCAAUUCAUCGAUGUAGUGCAACUCAGCAGCAGGCAUAUGGGCGAGAGCCACCCCGAUACCCUGUCCUCCAGAAACAAACUUGCGAAGACCUAUCUCAAACUUGGGCGGUGGAGCGAUGCGGAGAUCAUCUCUCAAGAAGUUGUGAGCAGGUCGAAGGAUGUUCUGGGAGAAACUCAUCCCGAGGUAUUUCAGUAUGCUGCGCUUCUUGUGAACAUCAAUCAGGAAAGGGAUCGUGCAACAUAACUCCAGGACGAAAUAUUGUCUAUUGGCGGGGGGGCUUGCAAGGCCUUUCCUUGUUCGUUUGUUUGCUCAUGUAUUUAGCAUCAUCGGGAGUUUUGGUAACUGGAAAAGUUUGUUCGUGAGUCUGGCAUUGCCGGAUGUUUUAACUGUACGAUUAGGCGGAUCAUGGGCUCGGCGAGGGAGAGAGGUGGGGGGAGGGGUUACCGAUACUUGGAAGUGCUUCCCGUGUGGUUUGAUAUCGUAUCAUAAUAUUAUU